AUGCAUUAUAACGUAAAAUUUGCAAACUCCCCUCAUCUACAAACUGUUCAAAACACGGGUGUCCAUCAUACCACCCAAAUCUUGGAAGAAGUAGCCCAAACCCAGUUACCUCACGGCCCAAUUCAAGAAGGACCCACAUACUCAGUUAGCCCAAAUCAAAAAAUCCCACCGAACAAUAAUCAAAAUAAUAAUCAUAUCGACUUAAAUUCAUUUCCUGUAUCUUCCAACAACGUAAACCCCCAAUUAUCCCAAAACCACCAAAAAUCACAAAACAAUCAGCAUAAUGGGAACUCAAAAUCGUCCUCAAAUACGGAUGAAGAAGUAUCACAGACAGUUGAAAUUGGUGAAAAGAUUGGAUUUCGGGUUCAAGGUUAUGAAGAUCAAAUCAGGAAAAUUAUCAAGAAAAGGCGAGUCACAAUCAUUGAUCAAUGA